AUGAAUUAUUUGAAUGAAAUAGAACUGUUUGCAACAACUGGAAUAACACACCUUUCGGUUCUGUUUUAUCACCUCAUGAUUCCUAAAAGCAUGGCUCUUGAGUUUCUGUUUACAGUUAUUCCUCAAUAUGUGGCAAUUGUGUUCAUAAAUCAAAUGCAUAUAUUUUAUAUGAUACUUUGUGUACCACUUGUUGUUUACUUCAUAGUAAGUCUACUUUACAAAAGAAAGAAAACUAGUAAGUUUCUAUUAAAAGAGGCUCCAAAUGCAUCCUUAGUUGAUUCAAAUCUGUUCGAUAUUUCAGGUUCGGAAUAUAUGUCCACAGCUAUAGAUAGAAACAGACUUGUAAUUAUUCUAUGUGUUGCAGUUGCAAUAUUUGCAGCAGAUUUUCCAUUCUACAAUGAUCCUCGUCUUGGAAAAAGCAUGGAUUAUGGAUUGAAGCUCAUGGAUAUCGGUGUAGGGUCAUUCGUAUACAACGCAGGCUUUUUUUCUACACUAUCUAACUCAAAAAAGAAAGCCAAAAACAUAAUUAUAUCAUUUGCUUUUGGAGCAUUAAGGCAUGCAUCAAAAGUUAUAUUCAAACUUGGAGUCGAUGAUGCAGAAUUUGGUGUUCAUCUAAACUUCUUUUUUCUUUUAUGCAUCUUGAACAUACUAUCGCUGUUUAUAAACACAAAAAACAAUACUAUCGUUGGGCUUGUGAUGUGUGUUCUUCAUGAGACAUUUCUGAAGUUUUUUGGGCUUGAGGAGAUCAUCUACAACAACACUAGGUCAAACAUUUUUACUGCAAAUCUCGAGGGAAUCAUAUUCAUUUUGCCUCAGAUGGGAAUGUUCCUGAUGGCAAGCGACAUAUCAAAGUUUAUGCUUGAGGAUGGUAAGAUAAAGCCUAUGCUAGCACAUAAUCUAUUGUUUAUCAUAACUUUGGGAAUAUCACGCAUAUAUUCAGUUUCGUGCCGUAGAAUACACAAUAUUUGUUUUUGCAUGACUAUUAUGAUCCUGCAUACAACUCACAAGAUAAUAUUUGCUGCAUUAGGAAGAUGGUUCAAAAUACGAAGUCUUCACUUCCAUCGCUUCACAAGCAGACAUCUUCUUUUCAUUUUGAUUUGGUCUAAUAUACUUACUGGAAUUAACAAACUCAUUGGAUCCAAUAAAGCACCUGAUAUAAUAGGCCAUACAACAUGUAUAAUAUAUCUUGCCUUCGUGUUUUAUAUUCCAAGUAUAUUGGUAAGCAAGCCAAAAAAACACAAAAUCAUGUCUUAG